UUCUGGGCGGUCCCUCCAGUCCCCCAAAAAUGUGGGAUCAGCUGGGAGGAUGGAGGUUAUCGAGAUCGAUGAAAAAAGCCCCAAAAAGUGGAACAAGUGUGACAAUGUCUCUGUAAUUCAGAAUUAUCGAAGUGUUGACUCUUCCUUAACGUAUGAUGAUUUUUUUUCCGAGCAUCUUCUGCCAAAUUUGCCUUGUGUCAUUCAAUCGGGAAUUACUAAUGAGUGGCCGUGUGCGCAACAGUGGCGAGUCGAUGGAGCGCCAAAUUUUAAAUGUCUGAAACAAUUAUACGGAGAAUCCAAAGUACCUGUAGCUAACUGUGGCAUAAAAUAUUACAAUGCUCAAUUAAAGGAGACAAUGAAAAUAGAGAAAUUCGUAGAUUAUUGGCAGGAGUAUAGGAACAAUAAUUACCCCUGUGAGAUGCCCCUGUUGUACUUGAAGGACUGGCACUGCCUGAGAGAUCAUCCCAAUGCCAAGAUCUACAAGGUGCCCAAGUACUUCGGCUCUGAUUGGCUUAAUGAAUACUACCUCGCUCAUCCUCAACUCGAGGAUGAUUACAUGUUCAUUUAUAUGGGGCCUAAAGGAUCUUGGACGCCUCUGCACGUCGACGUAUUCGCAUCAUACAGCUGGUCUGCCAACAUAGUAGGAAAGAAACGUUGGCUGCUGUUCCCUCCAGGCGAGGAAGACAAUCUUUGUGAUGCUCGUGGACACCUACCCUAUGACAUCGCCUCCCCAGACAAUAACUUACCCUUAAACCAAUCGAAUAAGUCAUUAGAAAUAGUUCAGGGACCUGGAGAAAUUGUGUUCGUACCUUCCGGAUGGCAUCACCAAGUUUGGAACCUGGAAGACACAAUUUCGAUAAAUCACAACUGGAUAAACGGCUGUAACAUAUGGAACAUCUGGCGGGAAUUGAAGAAGGCACUAGUAGCUGUAAUGAAGGAAAUCGACGACUGCAGCAACAUGGACAACUGGCCCUCGCAAUGCCAGUUGAUUCUGAAGGCAUCACACGGCAUGGACUACACUCAAUUCUACCAGUUUCUGUCUUUCAUAAUCGAGAGACGUCUGGACGCCCUGAAGACCCGAAAAUCCUGCGUCAGCUUCGACACCUGGCAGCUGGGGGUGAAUCACACUCUGUUCGACGUGCAUCGAGCCAAGUCUGUGCUAAUUAGUUUAAUGAAGGACGCGAAGGAGAAGAACAUAUGUGAUGUUAUUUUUUCCGAUGGAAAAGUCGAGCAGUUGGUUCAGCGCAUCGAAGCUACACUUAAAUGUACAGAGAGUAUGAAAAUCGCCUAAAUAAAAUAUUUUAUUCUGUA